AUGAAUUACCAAGAUGUCAUGGCUAUUGUGAGAAAACAUGGAAAACCGUCUCUUUUCAUAACGUUCACAUGUAAUCCCAAAUGGCCAGAAGUCGUUCAAAAUAUAGAAAUAUACCAAGGAUCGGAAAUGCGUCCAGAGCUGAUAGCCUGUGUUUUUAAACAGAAACUCAAAGAGCUUAUGAAAGAUAUUUCACAAAAGCAUGUGUUUGGGAAAGUAAAAUACUACCUAUAUAUCAUUGAAUUUCAGAAGAGGGGUUUACCUCAUGCCCACAUAUUGGUAGCCCUUCAUGAGGAGGAUGUUAUUCGUGAGCCUUCUGAAAUUGACCUGGUUGUUUGCGCUGAGAUUCAUAAUAAGGAGACAGAGCUUGAGUUGUAUGAAAUUGUGUCGAAAUGUAUGAUUCAUGGCCCGUGCGGCAUACUUAAUCCAUCAUCGCCCUGCAUGACUGCUGAUACUGGAAUUUGCUCAAAAAAGUAUCCCAAAUCUUUUCAAAUUAAUACGCUUUCAAAUAUAAACGGCUAUCCCCAAUAUCGUCGCCGCAAUGAUGGAAAUAAAAUAGUUGUUCGUGUCAGUCAAAAUUCAGUUGAAUUAGACAACCGAUGGGUAGUCCCCUACAACAAAUAUCUGACCAAAAAAUACAAUGCUCAUAUUAAUGUAGAAAUAUGUUCAUCUAUAAAGAGCGUAAAAUAUCUUCACAAAUAUAUUUACAAAGGCUAUGAUUGCGCAACCGUUCAAAUUAUCGAACAACAAAUUGAUCACUUCGGUUUACCUGCAGAUGAUCUUGCCACUGAAAACUUAGAGAUAGAGAACUUUAACAUACACGAUGAAGUACUAUGCGGCCAAGUACUCAAGGAACAGCUUAAUCCCGAGCAAAAGUAUAUUUUCGACCAAAUAAUCCUUGCAAUUUCCACUAGCAAUGAAGUCAUAAAGGCUUUCUUUAUUGAUGGUCCUGGCGGCUCCGGCCAGUAUAAUCCACCAUAUUCGUAG